UCACCUAGCUGUCUGAAAUGACGUGUACGUUUAAACUACAAAUGGAUUACUAAAUGCGACUUGUUAUGACAGAUUUAUAACUUACUUUAUAAACAUUUAUUCUUUUCAGUUCGUUAAUUUUUUUUUGUUGUUGCCUGCUGUUCUAACAUUUUAUAACAUAAGUUGAAUUACCAAUCUUUACAUUUGGAGCUGAUAAUUGUUUGAAUCAAACAGAAGUGGUAAAAUAAAGCAAAGACUGUCAGGAUACGUAAGUCAUUUCAACAUUAUCCCUGUAUACUGCUCUACAUAUGUUACAUAGAAGAUGUGUCAAAAUCAAAUGAUAAAAAUAUUCGGAUUAUAUUCAUACUUCUAACCGCGUCUUGGGAACUGUGGUAGAGCGAUAUUCAUAUUUUGCUUGGACCCUCUUUAUUCACUCAAAUACAAGGAUACAGGUUUGUUUCCUUAAAAUUUUCUCAAAACAUAUUCUGUCAACCAAAUUGUUUUAUAUAUUUCUCUAUUUCUCUUUUACUGCCAAUAAUAACUUUCUAAGUAUGACGUGUCGGGAUCGAACUAAUGAGUUUCUGUCGGCAGUUGAAUCAAUACAGUCGCGACAAAACAACACAGUCGUCACAUCACGAUCUCCAGUUACCAAAAGUAAGUUACAACGAACUGAGUUUACUGUUAAGGCGAAGUACAUCGGCCGAGAUUUAGCUAAUACUUUCGCCAAACUUGAAAAGCUUACUUUAUUAGCCAAACGGAAAUCCUUGUUUGAUGACAAACCCACAGAAAUUCAAGAUCUUACGUUUAUUAUAAAACAAGAUAUCGGUUCUUUAAACAAACAGAUCGGUGAGUUGCAGGAAAUAGCACGAGCACAAAAAUAUCAUAAUGGUCGUCACCAACAAACGCAUUCUUCUUCGGUGGUGGUCGCUCUGCAGUCAAGAUUGGCCACAAUGUCUAACGAAUUCAAAACAGUCCUAGAAGUACGUACGGAAAACUUAAAGCAACAGAAAACACGCCGUGAGCAGUUCUCUCAAUCAGCUGUUUUCCCACUUACGACCAUGUCUGGGGAGGGUUCGGUGUUAUUAAACGAAGAUGAAGCCGAUCGGACAAAACCAAAUGACUUGUCAAUUGAUAUGAGUUUUUCACAACGGCAACAUCAAGACCAAAUUCAACUAAUUGAUGAACAAGAUGCUUACGUUCGAAACCGGGCAGAAACAAUGCAAAAUAUUGAAUCUACCAUUGUGGAAUUAGGCACUGUUUUCCAAAGACUUGCUACAAUGGUAAAAGAACAAGAAGAAAUGGUAAAUAGGAUCGACUCAAACGUUGACAAUGCUGAGCUUAAUAUAGAAAUGGCUCACGGCGAGAUAUUGAAAUACUUUCAAUCUGUUUCUUCAAAUAGAUGGCUCAUGCUCAAAAUUUUCUGUGUUCUUAUAGUAUUUUUCAUUAUAUUUGUUGUAUUUAUGGCCUGAGGAACUGAUAACCGAACAUUCGUUUACUGGUGGUUUGUUUUCAGUUUCAAUUUGAAAGUAGAGUGAACAGAAAAUCAACUGUUGGUUUUCAAUAAUUGGUAUGUAUAUAUAUAUAUAUAUAUAUAUAUAGAAGAUAUAUAUAAUAUUCCGAAUUCAUAAAUAAAAUGGUAAACUACUUUCAAAAGACAUUACCUUUGGUGGGACCAGAUAUUUAAAUUACAACAAAUCAUUGACUCAUGUACCUGAUUAUAUUUGAAAAGUUUAGUCUAAACUCAAAUCCAUAUAUAAAAUAUACACAAACAUGCUAACUAACUUAAAAUAUGAAACGACUUUUAAAAAGAAAAUGACAUAGAAUUCAUCAUCAGUAAAUAAGGGAGAACAUACUUUUAAAUUUGACAAAUAACUUUCUCCUUUGAGUUCUUCAUUUUUUUUCUUUUUUCUUUUAAUUUUUUUUUUGUGCUUCAGAGAUAUUACUCAAUUGAUUUGCCCCUUGUGUAAAAUCCCUAUCCCAUAAUUAAGCUCUAUUCCAUCAUUAUCCAUGUAUGGUUAUAGACAUUUUUCAAAGUGCAAAUAUUUCCUCCAAAUACAAAUUCUUGAUUAGUUUAUCAGUAAGUUCUCAACAAAGCAACUUUACAGAUUGAAUAUACUGGUUUUUGAAAGUAAAAGCGAAGAUUUUAUUUUGAAUUUACAAAAAAACAAAAGAGAAAAACCUUACAUUUCUGAGUAUUUUCAAUACAAGUGUUUUUUCUCACUCAUUUCUCUUUUUGUUGUUGUUUAUAUGUAGGGAAUCUUCACAGAUUUGGUGCAAACAUAUCUGUCAUACAGAUGUAAUUUAAUGUUUUAUUGUUUUUUUUAUUUGAUUGUUUUUGAUUACAAAUAAUGAAAUGCAAUAAAAGGUUUCAGAUAGAGCCAUACCAUUUUUAGAAUAGCCUUAGCAUUUUCAGAAAGACAUAAACAACAUACCAUUUUAUUCAUUAGAAAGGACUAUAUUAUAUGAUGAUUAAAUUUUGCAAAGGGAGUCUGAUCUAAUUUCAGUUACAAGCUGGAGUAUCUUUAUUACCAAUCCAAUGC